AUGCAUGGCGUUCACGUAGCACCACAAUCGAUGAAGGUGAACAGAGUUACAGCCCUUACCUCUGUAUCACGGCUCCCCGGACCUCUGAUUUCUUCUCGUGAGUUGACCUUGCUCCCGCUCUCCAUGAUCCAUGACCCCGUCUCUUUCUUCUGUCGGGCCCAGCAACUCAAUCGCUCGGGUGGUGGCGUCAAGAUCGCCGUUGAGCGGCUGCAGAACUAG